AACAGAUAUUGGUAUUUGCAGUAUUAAACAGAUACAGAUAAAGAGAGUGGCACUGCAUUACACUACAAUACACAAAUUAGCCUUAACUCUAAGUUAUGUACUUGUGUGUCAAAUUUGUGUCAGAAAGUAUUUCCUGUAAACACAGUCUUUCUACUGUGGCUUUGUUAGAUAUCACUGUCAUUUUAUGAUGGGUCAAAGUAGAGAACGCAACAACUGGUACAAAGGAUUUUAUUAGUUUGAAUCUACAGAAAGAGAUAAAGAUGGCGACUGCAAGCAAUGAGUUUAAACUCAUUGGUCCCAGUGGUAGAGAGGAGUAUAAUCCCUCUGCUGUCACUCUCUCAUGUCGUCUGUCUCCUGAAAUCAGUGCUGUUAACAUGGAGAUCCGGUGGUUUAAGGGGACAGACUGUGUUUGUGUCUAUAAGAACAGACAGGUGACAGAGGGGAGAGGUUACGAGGGCAGAGUGAGUCUGUUCACUCAGGAGCUGGAGAGAGGAAACGUCUCCUUACAGCUGAGAGACUGCACAGGGUCAGAUUUAAGACAUUACCUGAUGGUAAUGAUGGAGACAGAACAGAGGAGAUUACAGUAGAGAUGAGUAAGUGUUCCUGAACUCUGUUGAUUCAGCUAAAAUGUUGAUUCGGUAACUCUGUUGUUUCUGCUUGUACAAAUAUGAAUUAACAAUAGCGCCUAAUGGUUCUGUUGAUCUAAUAAUCAGAGAUUGGCACAAUAUCAUUUAAACUUAAAACAAACUUUUAAAAAACAGUCCAUGAAGUACAAUAUAAAUACUUCAUGGACUUUAAAUAUAGUAUACAGAAGAUUGAGUUGUUAUUUUUGUACAAAAACACAGUGAAUAUUGUUUAGCUGCUAUUCUGACUAUAAAUCAGACGUUUUUGUCAUUGUAUUUUAUCUAAUCAUUACAUUGCC